AUGGCUCGACUUUUCAUUUUUCUAAACAUUUUCUUCGUUUUAACCGCAGUCACCACAUCUCUGACUAAACACAAGCCAAAGCAAAAGCCUCGUGCUUUUGCUAUUCCGAUCUUGAAAGACACUAUAUCCGGUCUCUACUACACCAACAUGACCGUCGGGAAGCCACCACUCAACGUUAACCUAGUCCUAGACGUUACUGCCUCAGCCUUAUACUUCAACUGCCGCGAGCUCGGCUAUAACUCAACCACCUAUACCCCUGUCCUCUGUGGGUCCCGUGGCUGCGCACAAACUAAAGAUCGUUGCACCACUUGCUUCGGCCCCUUCGGACCUACCUGCAGAAACGACACGUGUAUAUCUGGCGUCGAAUCCGACUUAGCCUUCACCCCAACCGUCAAUUAUCUAGUCAACGACGAUUUGAUGAUCCUACGCGACACGUCACCAUCAGCUCACUUAGCACCCAUCCCGCUGAGAGCAAGUUUCGCUUGCGUAGGCGAUGGCUUUCAAGCCUAUACAAAGCUUCCGUACGGUUCUAACGGCGGUCUCGGACUCGGUAAUACCUCGACGUCUUUCGUCAACGCCAUCGUCUCUUCUUACAAGAUUCCCUUUAAAGUCGCUCUUUGUUUACCUUCCAAGCCCGGAAAUAACUAUUCCGGGGCUGUUUACAUCGGUGGCAGCCCCUAUGUGCUGCCACCGAACCGUAAAGACGUGACGGGAUUAUUGGUUUCCACCCCUCUUACUCGGUUCGCGCUUCAUGGCGGGGAGAGUGCAAGGAUCAGUUCUAGCUUGAUUCCUUACGGUCUCUUGGAGACUUCCAUUUACAAAUCUCUUGUCAAAGCUUUCGCGGGGAAAGCCAAGAAGCGAAAAGCCGUGGCUCCCUUCACUGACUGCUUUAGCUACAAAAGUUUUGGAGGAAAGUCUCUGUUGGAUAAAGAGAUUCCCGUGAUCAGUCUGGUGAUGGGGGGAGGAGCCAAGUGGAAUAUCUAUGGCCCUGACUCGCUUGUGAAGGUAAAGAAAACCGUUGUGUGUCUAGCGUUUAUCGAUGCUGGAGUUGGUGUGAGAUUUCCGGUUGAGAUUGGAGGAUAUCAAGUAGAAGAUAACCUAAUCGAGUUCGAUCUUGAGGCUUCAAAGUUUUCAUUCACUUCUUCGCUUUUGCUUCACAACACUUCGUGUAGUCGUCCACUAUGUUGA